UCGUUCUCUUCGCUCCUGUCCCUUGAAAUCAUCAAAACCUCUAAUUCUUCAUAAACCCUAGCUUUGUAGAGUCGAUUCGAAAAUCAUGGAUCAUCAGCAAGAACCAGUUGAUAAACAGCCUGAACUACUAGUUAUUUACGUCUGCGGAGAUUGUGGACAAGAGAACAUUUUGAAGAGUGGAGAUGUGUUCCAAUGCAGAGAGUGUGGGUUCCGUAUUCUCUACAAGAAGCGUAUUCUCGACAAGAAGGGUGACCGUAUAGGUUGUGUAAAAUACUAAUCCUUAAUCCUCCUUUUUUGUUUGUAGCUUCUCUUUUGGUUUUGUUCUUAUAUUGUGACACUGAGUUAUGGCACAAUUUCGAACACAAAUGUUAUAGUAGGGAUCUGGUUUUCGAAUCUGUCUUGAGUUUGUACCUAUCUUCUGGUCUACCCCAUUUGUGUGUUUGGAUUGCUAAUCUGUUGGUUUUCUUGUACAUACAAAAGCUAGAUGUUGUGAACUUGUUUCAUGCUAAUUAUAUGGUCCUUUUAUUUGUGCAGUUCAAUACAAAGCUAUCUGAGUGCCACAACUCCUGAAGAUAGUUCAAAGUAGACUUAUUGCCAUGGUGUGUUUGUAAUAUGUAUUGACGUGGUUUUUGCUAUAUGGUCUGUUUUGGUUUGAGUGUGACUGUAAUCUCUUUGCUUUUUUGGUAUCUUGGAAAACUGUAACUUCUCAACAAAGUUUCUGGUUGGUG